AUGGAUAAUACCUGGAGAUGUGAAUCAUGUUUAGUUGUAAACUCAAAUGAUGUAGAAGAGUGUGAAUGUUGUAUGCAAAAAAGAACCCCCAAUAAUACUAAUAAAACAAAUGACAAUAAUGAAACUACUAGCAAUACUGUUAACGAUAAUAAUGAUCAAAAAGUAAAUACUAAUGAAAAUGACCAGGAAACAAAAAUAAAUGAAAAUGAAAAUGAAAAAAAAGUCAAAAUUUCAACUGGAGAAGGGGGAGGUUUUAUGCCUUCUGUAGAAUCCACAAAUAAUAAAAAUGAAUCUGAAUCAAAAAGUGUAUUUUUAACAGGUAUAGAUAGUAAUAAAUCCCUCAAAAAUGAAGAAAAUACUUCAGAGGAUAAACCAAAAAAUAGUACAAAUAAAACUAAAGAACGAAAAAGAGCUGAUAAAAGGGAAAGAAAACCAUCCUCAAGAAUACAACCUGCGAGAAAAUGUACACAAAAAAAAAUAUGCUAUAAAACAUAA